AAGUCAUAGCUUCCAGGCAGGACCAUCGUAACGCUUCCUAGAUCUAUUUUCAUGCUUGUAGUCCCGUGUCCAUUUGUUAUAAAUGACUCAAAUGUGGCCCUUCAUCCUCGCCAUGUCAACUCCUGUGCAUUUCAUCUCCACGUUACAGGUGCUAUCAAAUCUGGCACUUAUUAUCUUAUCUUCGAAUAUCGCUGCAAUAUAGUACUACUUGCACAAAUAGUCAUAUACUAAAACCAACAUGGGACAAUACGCGGAGGGAAGUGUAUGGUUUUAUGCUCCCAACAAUGUAGCGCCCAUCGUGUUCAUGAUCCUGUUCCUAUUUUCAGGAUGUCUGCAUACGUGGCAGACCAUCAAGUACAAGUCAUGGCGAACCACCGGUUUGCUGCCGUGGGCUGCGGUCCUCAUGAUAACUGGCUUCUUGACCCGCGAGCUUGGAGCAUACGACUAUGAAAAACUCGAAUACGUGAUAGCAAGCACAGUCUUGAUCCUUUCAGGGCCUCCUGUUUACGCCUUGAUCAACUACUUCAUUCUCUCCCGGAUACUCUACUACAUGCCGUACUUGUCGCCCAUGCAUCCAGGCCGUGUAGUCACGACCUUUGCGGGACUGGACGUCAUUGUCGAGAUCAUGCUGGCUCAAGGAGCAUGGCGAUCAGUUCAUAGCGGCAUAAGCGAGAGCGAAAGGCAGGCAGGAGAAGAUCUUGUCCGAGCCUCCUUGCUGCUACAAGUGGUGCUCUUCCUCGUGUUCAUGUGCCUAGUCGCAUACGUUCACUUCAAAGCAGCACGGGCCUCUCUGCUCAGCGGGCGCAUUCGCACGGUCAUAUACGUUCUCUACGUCAGUUCUGCUAUCGUCACUAUACGAUGCAUCUACCGCAUUGUCGAAUACUUUCAGGGAUGGGAAGGGACUCUCUUUCAAAACGAGCCAUACUUCUGGGUGUUUGAAGCCUCAAUCAUGUUCAUCAACACCGUCUUGUUGAAUGUAUGGUUCCCUGGCAAGAGGCUUCCACGAUCGAACUCGUGCUUCCUAGCACGUGACGGUGUCACUCAAAUGCGUGGCCCUGGCUGGUCAGAUGAUCGACCAUGGCUAAUAAACAUGUUCGACCCUCUCGAUAUAUACGGUCUCGUCACCGGACGGAAACAUCUGGCGUUCUGGCACAUGACGCAGGAAGAGCUCGACGUUCUGCGCGCGCAGAAGAAGGCGAAUAAACGACCGUGGUAUGCUCUCGUAUUCGAUCCCCUGCAUCUAUGGGGCCCUAGAGGCUACAUCGGAAAGCGUUUUUCGAAGGGACAAGCGUAUAGGGGGACUUCAGACCGAGAGGCGCCGACGUCAAGCAUUCCUCGCACUUUGAAGGAGUUCGAGCGUACGGACGUCUAGACAAAAUAGUCGUCUUAAGGUUCGCUCAAGAGCCUCAGUGUACUAUCAGGCAUCUUUAUGUGACGGUUAUCUUCUCUCGACCAGUCAUAUUUGGCCGAUACCACAGUUUCCAAGGCCAUUAAACACCUAAUCUCUUUCAGCGCAGAACACUGUUAAUUCCUCAUCUACAUACUGUC